AUGCACGCCCGUCAUCCACGAGAUGGACAGAAAGAAGAAGAUUCAAGAAUCUAUACGAGGCUAGCAAACAGACGCGGUCUGGAGGAGAGGCCGUCGUGGCUAGUGCCGCGGAAGCCGAGGCUGAGGCGGACCCAGUCAGAUCACGGGGCUAGGCGGCCGUUGCGCGCGCUGACUGGCCAGGCACCGAUGCCCUUCCCACCCGGCCGUUUCCUGGCUGCUGCCGUUGACUCCAUCCCCAGCGCGUGCCAGCCCGUCGGAGCCUGGCGAGAUUCCCCCAUCCGCGUCACCUCAUCGACCCUGGGCGAAGGACAGCCUGCGGUUCGCGAUGAAGCUCGAGGAGGCAAUGGGAUCAUCAGGAUGCUCGUCCCCGUGAAACAACUGGCCAUGCCAGCAAUGAGAAAAAUAGCAGAAUACGCGGUACGGAGGAACAAUCACCCCGGGGUUGCUAUUUUUACUGUGCUUCGUACGCGCGGCUUCUUGCGGGACUCGCAUCGCCCAGCCAGGCAGGCGCUGGCCGGAGGGAGCCGGGCAAGAGCGGCCGAGCAUCGAAGCGCUCUAAAAGGCGCACAAGGCAGGCGCAGCGCACGCCGGGGAAGGAGCGAGGUCGAGCGUGAGGUUGUGCUCUGGGGAGCAAACGUGACCAAGCCCAGAGUGGCAAGCAGCCGCCAGGGUCCGCCCGUCAAACCCACCACGGCAAUUUUUCGCAGCGAUGCGCCACCCCUGUCGUCCACCAGCCUGCCCCCCGUCUGCAGACAGUAG